AUGUUCGUAGAUCGCCAUGUCAAGCUUUUGUCGCGCCAAAGAGGCAGCGCUCUACGAAAAGUUGAGCAAGAUGUGGUAAUAUCGCAGAUUAAAAAACCCCGGCUUGAUCGACCGUCGUACUCGUCGCCCUCUAAAGAUGUUAAGCAAAGUCCAGAAAGCGAGCCGUCGUUUGACGUGCCGCAAUCGCCGCCGGAAUUUCAUGUUUCUCAGGACUCUAAUGAGCCCGCAAGCACACCUCCCCGGAGCCCUGUUCUGAACGGAGGUUUACUCACUUCACCCGACAACCCAUUCACGUCACCAGUCCCGGAUCAGGCAUCUGCUGGACAGAAUUCGCCUGUGAGCCCCGCGCGAAAUGCAGAAACACCUAUUUUGCGAACAAAAGAUUCCCCGUCUCUUUCUCCAGAACCCGAGUUCGAUUUUUCAGACCUCCCGAUUUCGCAGCUCCGAUCCAAUGCCAUAUCUCUCGCUGGUAUUGAGGUGGUAUGGUCCAUUUUGAGCAACCUAUUUGAAGAGCAGCUAAUUCCUCAAGCUUACGCCGAUUUCGACACUGCAACAGAUGCAACUGAACAAUUGAUGCAUAAGCUUGAUAUCAAGUUGCUUUCCACGUUCAUGCGCGGCGUGUUAUCUGAUUUACAGGAUACUAUCGAUAUAAAUUCAUCGAACAAUGAGCUGUGUUCGCAACUCAAGGAAUGCGCCAAACAAAAAGUCAAAUUGAGCGAGAACUUGGUUGACAUACGACAUCAGAUUAUAGAAUGGGAGAAUAGAGAGGCUGAUGAUGAACAACUUGAAGAACUACAACUGAAAUCUGCUCUCAAUGACAAGCUGCAGAACUUGGCGAUAAGCGUUUCAACGAAAGCCGAGCACGAUGAUAAUCACAACGACAAAGACGAAAUGCCAUCGCUAGAGCCAACCGCCAAUGACCUGGUUGAGCUGCUAGAUCCGCAAGACGGGAUCCUGGGCAGGCUACAGACUUUAAAUCGUUCUCUAGAAAAACUCUUGGAAUAA